UCUUUCUUUAUGUGAAUGAAAUCCAGACCAAAUAAAUCAAAUGUACAGAUAAACACAAGAACAGUAUGCAACUUAUCAGAUAGAGAACUUAAUGUACAUGAAACAGCAUUACUUGAAAAAGGUCUAAACUUCAACAUAACUCGAAAACCACUGACAGCGAUAGAAUUAGCUCCCAUCAUUGAACCUACAUUAAAUCUUUUAACAGAUGAUGAAGCUAAUGAAUUACGUCAGAAGGUUGGAUGUAUCCUGUCGAAUCAAAAGCAGGGCAUUUCAAAUUUAUCGAAGGCCGAACGUCAUGCAUUAAAAACAUUAAGAUCAGAUAAAUCUAUUGUUAUAACUAAAGCUGACAAAGGCAAUAUCACAGUAAUUCUUAAUACAGAGGACUAUGACAAAAAAGCCAUGGGGCAUAUCGAAGCAGGGCCUUACACAUUAGUACCAGUAAACAAAAUGUCUAGUACAAUGAACAAAGUAAAAGCCCAAGUAUGCAAUAUACUUAGAGAAUUGAAACCAAAACUAGGGAACUCAGUUUGGUUUUCAAUAGCUCCCAAGACAAACACGGCCGCCAGAUUUUAUGGAAGACCGAAAAUACAUAAAGUAGAUGUUCCUUUAAGACCAAUAAUUGAUUUUACCAAUUCAGUAACAUAUACUUUAUCAAAAUACAUAUCAAGAAUACUGAAACCACUUCAAUACAAUAUUCCUUCGAACAUCAAAAAUAUUGAGGAAUUUAAAAGGAAAAUAAUGGACAUAAUUAUUGAAGAAGACGAAAUUAUGGCAAGUUUUGAUGUGGUUUCUUUAUUUACUAGUAUUCCGAUUUGUGAUUCACUUGAUAUUAUGAAAUAUGAACUUGAAAACAAUCAAGAAGUAUUAAGUAAAUCUUUAUUAUCAAUAGAUGAAGUUAUAAAAUGUUUAAAACUUUGUUUGGAAUCUACCUAUUUUACCUUUAAAGAUAAACUAUACUGUCAAACAAAUGGAGUUGCAAUGGGCUCACCAGCAUCUCCAAUUGUAGCUAACCUUUAUAUGAAAGCUCUAGAAAAGAAAGCAUUGACAAGUUUUAGUUGUCAUCCUAGAAUAUGGUACAGAUAUGUAGACGACACUUUUAUCAUCAUAAAGAAAGCUGAAAAAGAAAACUUUCUAACAGAAAUCAACUUAAUCUCAGAAUAUAUUGAAUUUACUAAUGAAAUAGAAUCGGCUGAGGGAACUAUAAACUUUCUGGAUUGUCUUGUAAAAAGACAGACUGACGAGAAGCUAAAGUUUACCAUAUACAGAAAGCCGACACAUUCCAACAAGUAUUUGAAUUUUCAAUCAGAUCAUCCAAUAGGAAUGAAAGUUUCAGUAGCUUUAAAUCUCGUUAACAGAGCUAGAAACAUUAUAACAGAUAAUGACGACAUGGAGAACGAGAUAUCCAACAUAAAACAGGUUUUGAUUGGAAAUGGUUAUCCUGAAAAGCUACUUGAUAAUAUUAUCAAUAGAAAGGAGCAUAAGGGAAAACCAAAAAUUGAAAAAUCCUGGCUAUCCACGAUAGCCAUCCCAUACCGAAAGGACACAGCUGAACAACUUCAAAGAUUAUUUGCUUCAUAUAAUAUUAAAGUCUAUGUCAAACCUUCUAACUCUCUAGAGAAGGCGUUAGUACAUGUCAAGGAUAUAGUUCCCAGAAUGGCACAAAGUAAUUGUGUCUACAAGAUAAAGUGUUCCGAAUGUGAUGCAUGCUAUAUAGGGGAGAGCAGUAGGCAGAUGAAGGUCAGAGUGAAUGAACAUAGACUAUGCACGAAACGUCCACCUAGAAAUGAAGUGGAACUAAAAAGUCUGGAAAAAAGAUCGGCUAUAGCAAUGCAUGCUAUAGAAAGCGGACAUAAGAUUGAUUUCGACAAUGUCGAAAUUCUUGGAAGAGGAUUUCAUUCACAUAAAGAAAGAUUGACUUCUGAAGCCUUGCACAUCUUAACCACAUCGAAUGCAGUGAAUAGGAAGGAUGGGAUAGACUUAUCACCUAUAUGGCAAACUCUUAUGAAGCAAGACAAAUGAAAAAAUCAAUCAGCACUCUAUGAGCCUCCAUGACCUUUUAAAACAUGUUUAUCAAAUAUGAAUUCACGUAUUUUCCAUAUGACAAAUAACAUACAUACACACACACACACUCAUACAAAACUAAUCUAUACAAAUUAACCAUACAAGAAUGAACACAACAUCAACUUGACAUUAGUCAUUACAAAAUAUGUGAUGACUGCUUACAUAUUUUCUAUUGGUAAAAAUGUCCAUAGACAAAUGACCUUCAGACAAACUGACUGUAAUGUAUGUAAAAAAUUUUUGACUAUAUAUUUUGAUGAUUAUUAAAAUCCGAAUAAAUCUGCUGAAGAAGCUGUGGCUUACACAGCGAAACGUUCAGAAAAAUCUUGUUUUGAUUUUCUUAACACGCUGGGAUUAAUUUAAAUAAUUUAUAAUGAAUCAAUCUGACUCGGCGCUCAAAUUAUUUCAGGAAGUUCGUAACACCUACGGCCUGGAAACCU